AUGGGGGACAGUGCCAGCGCCACCCCUCCGUCUCGCCCAGGUCCUGGCGCGCUGCGGCUAGCCGGCGGCCGGAGCCGGUGUGAGGGUCGGGUGGAAAUGGAGCAGGCGGGUGCCUGGGGCACGGUGUGCGACGACGCCUGGGACCUGGCCGACGCCGACGUCGUGUGCCGGCAACUGCGGUGCGGCUGGGCUGUGCGCGUCCACAUUGGUGCCGCCUUCGGCUGGGGCAGGGGACCCAUCCUUCGGGACGAGGUGGACUGCGAGGGGCACGAGGAGCAUCUCUGGGACUGCCCGGCCGCGCCGGAGCACGACUGCAGCCACAAGGAAGAUGCCGGCGUGGUGUGCUCAGGUGGGUCUGGCACGUGCCGGGUCCAGCAGACAUCAAGGUUUGGGGGUCAGGACGGCUGCGCCGGCCGGGUCGAGGUCUUCUUCCGCGGCACGUGGAGCACGGUGUGCGACAGCACGUGGUACGAGCUGGAGGCGAGCGUGCUGUGCCGUACGCUGGGCUGCGGGGAGCCCCUCCGGCAGCUCUCCUUUGGCCACACGCUGCCCGGCAGGAUGCUCUACCAGUGCGAGAGCCAGCAGCCGUCGCUGGCCCACUGCCAGUGGACCUACAAUAAAUCGGCUCCCUGCCACCAGUCCCGGGCGGCCGGCGUGGUCUGCAACGGCUCCCAGGGCUUGCAGACGCCGACCCCGAUGGCCACGGUGACGCCGAGCAACAUCACACUCCUGAGCGCUGCGGAGGGCCCACAGACUGCGGGGGCACAGUCCCCUCUGCACAUGCCCCUCUUCGUCCUCUGCCUGGUCCUGGCAGCGCUGCUCCUGCUCACCGUGCUGGCCUUCACUGUUGCCCUGCUGAGGGUGAGGAAGAUGAGCGCCCAUGCCGUGUCCUCUCUGGGGCUAGCCGGGCCGGUUCUGGUGACCCACAGCGCCCAGAGCCCCAGCGUGCCCUCUGGAACCUCCAACGACUACAGGGAGGUGCCCCUCAACCUUCCCAAAGGACCAGACCCACCGGUCACAACCCUUCCCGCUGCCAAGGACUCCGACUCCGACUACGAACACUACGACUUCAGCAGCAAGCCGCCCGUGGCUCUCUCCACCUUCUACAACUCCCUUCGCCGGCAGCCCGGGGAGCAGCUGCUCCCGCUGAUGCCCAGCCAGAAUGGGAUGGAGCCGUUCCCCACGAAGGUGUCGGCCAGGCUGGGCCCCCCAUCCCGCGGCAGGGCGAGCAGCUCCUCCACCUCCUCCUCUUCCUCCACUGAGCCCUAUUGCAAUGACAGCGCGCCCGCCCCGCACGCCUGGGUCUGCCCGCCGCCCCCCGCCGAUGGCACCCACUGGCAAGCAGCACCCACCACCCACACCGACUACCCCGGCACAGCGCUCUCCCACCGCUGGGUACCUGUGAAUCCAGCAGACCCCGAUCCCGCCGCCAGCUCCAGCACCUCCUCGGGGGAGUGGUACGAGAACGUGCAGGAUGUGGAGCCGCCCGGGGACCCGUCCCCACACCCCGGCUGGCCGGCUCCAUCCUGCCCCUCGGGGGGACACACGCAGGACCCCGACUCCUCUGAGGGCAGCGACUACGAUGACAUCCAGGGCUCUGCCUACUGA